UGUGUCCAAGACAGGGGAAAGGUUUUCUCAUCAUGUGCUCUGUCCUGCAAAUGUGCUGACAGGAGGACACCAAAACAAUGGAGCCACAGAUGAAACGCUGGAAAGGGUCAGCGUGUGAUGCCGACUCCUGGGUUGCUUAUCCUGUACUGUCAGAUGAGCAGUCACAAGACGUCGAGCUGAUAGAGGCAUUUGCUGCGCCCAUUGUCAACAAGAAAGAGACGUCUCAACUUGUCAGGGAGCUGAACAGCCUCUACCCGCUGAAUGGCCUUCAGCACAUCAAGAGGGUGCGGGCACGCAAGGAGAAGGGGAGCCCUCACCCUCUGGAGGUGCUGGUGUGCCUCGUCAGCGAUGCGCCAGACAUGAAGGUGGUCAGCGUCGACUCUCUUCUGCCUGGAGUUAAACCUGACGGAUUAGGUGAGCCUUUUGUGGUUAAGGUUCCUGCACGUGCCCCCCUGACCCGACCCCAGUUUGAACUGGCGAGCCAACACUGGCCUACAUCCUUCCAUGAGGACAAACAGGUGACGGUGGCCCUGAGAGGAGAGCUCUUCAGCCCCCCUCAGAAAGCUGUGAUGCACAUGUACAUGAUGUCUGCCGUGACUGCUGCCAAAGCUGGAAGGGAGUUGGGGAUGGAGGCGGUCGGGGCAGUUGUGGUCGACCCAGCGAUGGAGAGAAUCGUUGCGGUGGGUCACGACUGCAGAGGUGACCACCCCCUCCACCACGCAGUCAUGGUCUGCAUUGACCUUGUAGCUCGGAGUCAGGGUGGUGGAUGCUACUGUUUUGACAGUUACCCUGCUUGCCAGUUUACCCCACCAACCUCGAAUAUGUUUCAAAACGGACCUGAUUUAGAGGCAGGUUCUCAGCCAUACAUAUGCACUGGCUAUGACCUCUAUGUGACCAGAGAACCUUGUGUUAUGUGUGCCAUGGCGCUGGUGCACUCCCGGAUUGGACGGGUUUUCUAUGGGACGGGCUCUGCUGAUGGGGCGUUUGGGACGAAGUUUAAAAUCCACGCACAGAAAGAUCUGAACCAUCGCUUUGAAGUGUACAAAGGAGUGUUGAGCAAGCAGUGUGAAGAUCUUAGCAGUUUGAAUGACCACAUCAAAAAGGACAGCGGACAGUAACAGGAAGUGUGUGUUUAAUUGGUCAUUUACUAGAAAUUUUGAAGAUCUUAAGAAGCAAAUAUUUUACAUUAACAUUUAUUUUAAAUAAAGUUUUAUUCAAGUGGUU